AUGGAUGGACAUAUGGUGGGGAGAGGGGGAGAGAGGGAUGGACAUAUAAUGGGAGGAAGGGAAGAGAUGGAUGGACAUAUGAUGGGUGGAAGGGGAGAGAUGGAUGGACAUAUGGUGGGGAGCGGGGGAGAGAGGGAUGGACAUAUAAUGGGAGGAAGGGAAGAGGUGGAUGGACAUAUAAUGGGUGGAGGGGGAGAGAUUGAUGGACCUAUGAUUUGUGGUUUGGAAGAGAUGGAUGGACAAAUGAUGGGUGGAGGGGGUGAUAUGGAUGGAACUAUGAUGGAUGGAGGUGGAGAGAUUGAUGGACCUAUGAUUUGUGGUUUGGAUGAGAUGGAUGGACAAAUGAUGGGUGGAGAGGGAGAGAGGGAUGGAACUAUGAUGGGGAGAGGGGGAGAGAUGAAUGGAACUAUGAUGGGGAGAGGGGGAGAGAUGGAUUGA